AUUUCGAAUUAAUUUAUGUCACUUUCAAAUGUUGUUUCUACGAGCAUCGUGAAAGCAGAAAAAUUUUACUAGCCUCAGUUCUACCUUUUCUAUACUUUUGGGGCAGUUAAAUGAAGUUCUACACUCCUAAUAUGAAAAAGAUCAUCAACAUCAACAACAUGAUAUUACAAUUAUCCUUAUUGCUGGUCGUGUCUCGAUUUGCCGCCUCCUCUUCUGAAAAAUGCUACAAAAUGUCUGGAUGUCGUAAUCUACGAGGGCAAAGUAAUCAUAAAGAAAAUGAUGUGUUCGCUGACGUCAAUGAAAAUCGAGGAUCUUGUUCCCUCUGCACCUGCGUUAAAACGAAGCAUUUCGUUGCUUCAUGCAUGGUUAUUAAAGUUGUCAACAUGACAACCCCUGUUAGGAAAGCAGGAUUAUUGAAGCGCGUCGUAGAUUUAUUGGGAGAAAGAAUGUCAGCAAGAUUUGGUAACGAUAGAGAAGUUGAACUAUCUGAAGAGGAAGCGGUACAGGUCGAAUGUGAAUAUGAGACCAUUCCUGUAUAUGACAAAGAAAAGCAAAUUCUACAAUUCCAUUUUAUUAACUACGUGCUUACGACGUGGGAAUCCUACUGCUGUUUAAAAACUCCUUCAUAUGGAAAUGUUCAUCCCUACUGCAAGGUUCAGUUUGAUCACAAGUGCAAAGCUAAAGCAGUGUUAAGACACAAGCCACGGAGACGCUGCCCUAUGCCAUUGCUGCGGAAUUUGACUGGAUAAUUUCAAAACAACAAUAUUUACUGAUAUAAGAAAGCCUACGACGCAAAAAUUGUCAAAAUGGAAGAAAGUGGCGAGCAAGAUUUCUUCUUUGGUGCUUUGACUUGGAGACGUUUCCGUAUACCAACUGUACAAAUAUAGCUGGAUCAAGGAGACAACGGAUACCAAGAACCCCCAGAUUUUCAAAAUGCUCUUGAAACACAAUGUUAUCAGAUUCUAAAACAUAGUGUGCGAACGAUGGUGUUGAACAAGACAGACAAGUAAUCGAGGUUUCGAAAUAUCAGAGGAAUGAAAUUAAAACUAAUUUAGAGAUCAAGCCACAGAAAUUAAUUAUUGGUGGUUGAAAUUCUUCAGAUAGCUACGAACAGUUCUGCGAAUAUUGUGUUUCGUAACGUGCCAAUUUGUUUGCGAUUUAGCCAAUUAUGUCGUAAACCGAAAUAUUUUUAAGCAAUUUGAGUGGCUGAAAUUCCAAUAUUUGACUCAAAGGAAUCAAACAUGUGGCGUUGUGGGUCAGAUAAGAGUAAACUCGAGUUUGAUUUAAAUUUUUUUGUUAAUCUCAAUUACAACAUUAUGCAUUGUCAACAUGAGCUGGAACUACACGAUGUAAAUAAUCGCUGAACAAUCACAAUUCGCUGACGCGAUACCAAGUUCCCACCGGCUUUGCUUGCAAUUAUAUUUUGAUUUAAUUCGACUUAAUGUUCUGUAGCGUGCCAAAUAGUUCAGAGCAACUCGCCAAGUGUUGGGUUAUUUAAAUUAGCAAGCCUACUGUCUGACUUGAAUGAUUGAUUCAAUUUUAAAUUGAAAUUCAUCUUCCAAAUGUAGUUUAUUUUAUUCGUUUAUACGUGUUGCCGACAAUCCUUACAUCAGUAUUAUCAGCUUACAUUUACCUAUCUAAACUGUAAUAUACAAAAUUCCCAAAGUUUCUUGAUAAAUUCAUUUUUUUCAAGUAAUAUUAUAUUGAUAAUUACUGGCGAAUUUUAUCCAAAUAUUAU